CUCCGACAGCAAUGGUCCAAUCCCAGCGAUAUCUUCUCUCUGCUCCUCUUGGUCGGGGGCGACGUCAUCCUGAAAGCCUUCGUCCAAUUCCAUGGGCGUUACUUUCGGCCCGUAGCUUUCUCUUUCGGCUGGGUCGCGUAUGCCUUCAGCGCGCUACUUGCGGCUGUCGGACAUCUGAAGGUGAUGCCAGAUCCCGACUGCCCGUCGUUACUUAUACAAUGCCACCCAAAGACUGGUAGACGGUACGAGAAUCAGUCGUGGCUGCUCGGCCGUCUCCCUGGCUGGGCAGCGACUGGCGAAGAAACCGUUGAACUUGGACCCGAUGGUAUACCAUUGCGCCCGCGCUUCCAGGUGCAGAUAUGGGUGUAUAAUCUGGACUCAAGGAAGUACAAUGACUCUGGCCAAGCAGAGCUGGUCAUGGACAAGGUUUUCAUGUCUGGAAUCGCCACUUCAAUCCUGCAACUCGGCAUCGCUGCUAUCCCAGCUGGGCUGUAUAGAGAAUGGGAAAUCUUGGUCAUCACCGCGUGUGGCACAUUGUUGGCGUUCAGUACCGGCAUCUUGCACGAAUGGUCGCAGGGUGGAACUGCGAAAUCCAGAGCGCGCCGGCCCCGCGAGGCAACAUACGCGCUUCUACCGGGUAAUGCACCAAGAUACAUCUUCAUCAUCAGGAACGAGGGCACGGUAUUCGAACUAGCCGAUUUUGCAGAAAUCGAUAACACGGGAGGUGUUUCGGCUGUCGUCGUCUCGACCCUCUUGCUCCUCCUAUGGACCGCUCUGCUGAUUACCGUCUCCGGCUUGAAAUCCCAUACAUGGUACAUUGUCGCAGUCGGCGCGGUUGGAAUGCUACAGAAUACUAUCGUUGCGGGGUCCCCUCGCUCGCCUGCUGCAUUGGGACUCCACCUCGAGCAGCAGCACAUAACGAUAUUUCGCGGGAAGAGAGCAAUGGACUUACUAAAAGACGUUGAGGAGUACUCUCCAGGGGUUGGGAUGGCCUUACUACCAGCCCUUUUCCCGGGCGCAUUACGCCCAGACGAUCGUCAAUAUUGGGCAGAC